UGAAGAAUGAGGAGGGCAUUAUUCUGGGCAGUGCUAAUGGUUUUCAUGCAUGGUGGAGUUUUCUGAUUUUUCCUCUGGUAUACUAGGAAACAGAAUUCACUCCUUCUUUUCAAAGUAAAUCUAUAUUUUGCCCCUUCCACAGGGGAUAGUGACCCUCUUGGCCAGUUGUGGAUGUAAGGGCCUUGCGGGGUGGCUUUUUAUUUCUGAGACAGAGAGAGAAAUCCUUCUGGAGAUUGGGCACUAACUUUUCUGGAUGCUGCAGCUCACGCACCUGUUUCAUUGCUCUGGGUCCUACCAUGAUGCUUUUCCUUUGGUAGGCAGCUUGGAAUCCGGUUGUGUUAUCAUAAAUAUUAUUCUAGUGUUUCUUAUCAGGCCUCGGAAAGAUCCUUUCCAGGAUUUCCUCGGGAAAGUAUUUUUUGUGUAAGGGGUGGGAGUAAAGGCGGAAAUCAACUGCAGUCUCUUGGCCUGCAUGGAGAUGCUUUGAAAUUUUUCCAGUGCCUGCAGUGGUGCUGGUGGAGAUUAUCCUGUGUGGUCAGGGUGGAGUCUGUCACCCUGUUUCUAGUGUAUUUGAUCUCUAGAAUCCUUUCUUAUAAGAAGUGGUUUGGGAUAAAACACAGGUUUCAUCAUUUCGGGGUGAAUACUGUACUUUAAAAGACAUGUGAAAUUGUUUGCAGCCGCCUAAAAGAAAGGCACAUUUCAGACUUCCUCUCGCUUCUCUAUCCCCUCCUCCAUUCAGUGUAUAUUGGAACCACUUUGCUUGGAGGGGAAGGAAAUGUUGCUCUCUGACUUCAUAUUUCCACUGGUGAUGUGAAGUAGAGUUCACUUGGAUCCCAGACCUGCCUACUGCGCACACACCACUCCCUGCCUUUGUGGAGGAGCAGAAGGCAGCUUUUCUCAGUUUAUGGAGAAUUCUUUGAUUCCACGGCCUUUUGCUGUCUUGUCGCCUACGUCUGCCUGCAACUUGAAUAUUACUUGAAGAAAAUACUGUUGUGCCAAUGUUUUUGCUUCUUUGAGUCCCGGAGGUUGCAUGUGUGGUAGAUCAGACCUGCUCAGCAUCAGCUCUGCAAUAUUAUUUUAUCAAUUCAAUCUGUCUACCUUAAGGGAAAUCAAGGCCAAGGAGGCUUGUGACUGGCUGCGGGCAGCAGGAUUUCCUCAGUAUGCACAGCUUUAUGAAGCCUUGCUGUUCCCUAUUGAUAUCACCUCUGUGAAGACUGACCACAGCUUUUUGGACGAGGACUCCCUCACAUCUCUGUGCAGGAGGCUGAUGACCCUGAACACAUGUGCCACCAUGAAGCUGGAAGUGCACUGUGAGCAGAAACAGAAUGAAGACUCGGAUGAAGAUGUAUGUGCCAUCAGCAACCGAUGGACCUUCCAGAAGGACAGUAAAAGGUGGUCCAGAAUUGGCUCUGUUGAGUCCCUCUCCCACAGUUCAGAGGUGCUGAACACUGUAAAGCAGGCAUCCAGCCAUGAGAGUGUCCUUACAGACCUCAGCACCAAUGUGGAGGCUGCUUCACUCCAUAGCAAUACCAGCACAGGCAGUACUGGUGACACCCUCUGCAGCGUGGUCACCAUGCCUGACCUGUCACCCAACCAGGACCCUGCAGUCAUUACCUUCACCUCUAGUACCCAGUCUCUAACAGACAAAUCCCAGGACCAGACUGGGAGCUCCAAGGAUAAGCUCAAAAAGCGGAGGUCUCGCAGCUUUCUACGGAGGAUAGAGUCUUUCCGAAGGAAGAAAAAAGAGAAAACUGAUUCCAGACCUAAGGAAGCCACUAGCGAUGAGACAGCAGUCGAACCGGAGUGUGAUUCUGUGGAGGUCAACGGGGACUUUAUAGCUGCCAAGACCACCUCCCUCAGACAAAGAAUGUCUCCCUCCCUCCUUGACAAAGAUCUGUUUAUGUCAGGAGGAGAUGGGGUUGACCAUGUAUCAGACUUAAAAGGCAGCAAAACAGGCUGUCAGCUGAAACACAGUGGGGUCGACCUGGAGCAAUGUAGAAAGGUCCUGGUAAAUGGCACUAGCUCAUCCAUUAGAGAAAGCCACCAGUGGCAUUCAUACAGUGACUAUUUGAUCCACAUUCCUGCAGACCACAAGCCAGGGACUUUCCCCAAAUCUCUCUCCAUUGAAAGCUUGUGUCAUCUGUGUGACAGGUCCUUGACCAACUGGACACCAGGGAACAAAGCAAGGGAGUUUUCAGAGUUCAGCCUAGAUGACAGUAGCAGUGGUUCGGCAGACUCUCGUCAAACGAGCUGUGGGUCCCGUCAGAGGCGGAAUUCAUGCAGCUCCAUCAGUAGCAUAAUGAGUGUGUACGACAAUGUGCCCCAAUGUGCCAGCAGCAAAGAACAGCUUGAUUCUGUCUUGGACUACGUCCUGCAUUUGGUAGAGAGAGUGGACAGCUGGUAUCAGGCUAUCAUCCCUAUGCAAGACAGUGAAGCAGGGAGGAGGGAGAAGACAGACUCAGGUGGAGAAGUAGAGAGGAAGGAGAAGACAGACUUAGGCAGAGAAGCAGAGAGGAAGGUCAAGGCAGACUCAGAUGGGGAAGCAGAGAGGAAAGAAGAGACAGACUCGGGAGAGGAGCCUGCCUUUAUGUCCAGUCUCAACUUGGAAAAGCAGUCCAUGUCUGACGUUGGCACCUCCACCAGCGACUUUGGCAGUACAGGCCAUUCCCUGAACGAAGCUGAGGAGAUCGAGAUGAGGGAGCGCAGAGAUUCAGGAGUGGGAGCAUCGCUCACCAGACCUUGCAGGAAGCUGCGCUGGUACAGUUUUCAGAACUCCCAGCCCUGCUUGGAUUCUGCUUCCUUGGAGAUCAACUGCCAGUCAUCUGCUCAGCUGAACCUGCUCCAGAAAUGCUCGCUGCUUCGCCUUACUGCCAUCAUGGAGAAGGAUUCUAUGUCCCCAAAACAUGCCUGGACAUGGACUGUGCCCAAAUUCAUGAAGAGGAGUAAAACCCCAGACUACAAGGACAAAAUGGUCUUUGGAGUCUCGCUGAUGGUCACCGUACAGAGGACAGGACAACCCCUGCCUCGGGGCAUCCAGCAAGCCAUGCUUUACAUCCGCAGCAAGUGCCUAGACCAGGUUGGCAUUUUCCGAAAGUCAGGGUCGAAGUCUCGGAUCCAAACACUGAGAGACAUGAAUGAAGCUUCCCCCAACAAUGUGAAUUAUGACGGGCAAUCCGCCUAUGAUGUGGCAGACAUGCUGAAGCAGUAUUUCCGUGACCUGCCAGAGCCUAUCUUCACUAGCAAGCUCACUGACACUUUCUUGCAGAUCUACCAGUUUGUCCCAGCAGAGCAAAGGCUGCAAGCUGUCCAGGCUGCUAUUCUUCUGAUGCCAGAUGCGAACCGGGAGGUGCUGCAGGCACUUCUCUACUUUUUAAGCGAGAUUGCCUCAGUGGAGGUGAAUCAGAUGACACCCAGGAACUUGGCAGUGUGUUUGGCCCCAUCCAUCUUCCACCUCAACGUGUCCUCCUCACCAAGGGUGGCUCACAAGAAAGGCCCCAUGGGAAAACCAGACCAGAAGGAGCUGGAUGAGAAUAUGGCUGCCACCCAGGGCCUCUGCCACAUGAUCACUGACUGCAAGAAACUGUUCCAGAUCCCCAAAGACAUGAUGCUCCAGCUUUGCAACUCCUACCUGGCAACAGAAGCCUGUGCACUCCCUCAGGCUGAGCCCACACAUCAGAAUGUGCAAGGGGAGUGCAAGGAUCUUCAAAUUUUUUUGGAUGACAGCAUGCAGAGCCUUCUCAAGGAGUCGUCAGAGAAGUUUAAGGCAUGGCUCAGCACACCAGGGCCCCAGAACACAGAGAUAUCAUGCAAGAAGGUCGGUGAUGGGCAUCCUCUGCGCUUAUGGAGGGUUUUCACAGAGGUAGAGGCCCCUCCCAAUACAGUGCUCUACAGAAUACUUCGGGAGCGACACCUCUGGGACAAGGAUCUUCUGCAGAGCAAUGUUAUUGAAACCCUAGAGAACAACAUGGAGAUUUACCAUUACAUCACAGGCAGCAUGCCGCCCCAACCCCACAGGGACUUCAUCCUUUUCAGGAAAUGGCGCACAGAUCUACCUCAGGGGACCUGCUUGCUCGUCUCCACAUCAAUGGAUUGCGAGAAGCUGAAAGUGGAAGGAGGAGUCAGGGCAAUGGUGCUAACCUCCCAGUACCUGAUUGAACCAUGUGGCAUGGGCCGGUCCAAGCUGACGCACAUCUGCCGAGCUGAUCUCAGGGGACGGUCUCCAGACUGGUAUAACAAGACAUAUGGACAUAUAUGUGCUAUUGAGUUGGCCAGGAUCCGUGAUUCUUUCCCCACACUUAGUCCAAGUGGACCUGAGACCAUGGUCUGAGCAGCUGUCACCCUGCUUUGGCAGAAGUGGAACAGAAGGGGGUCGAGUUUAGAAAGAUGGUUCCCUUGUUAGCAAAAACAAGAGCAAAUGAGUUUCUUAUGUAUAAAUACUGUACAUUUAGAAUAUUAAUAUAUAAGCCAGGUGGUAGAGCUGAGUGAUGUUCACUCUUAAGAGAUGUGUAUUUUGUAUUUAAGGGACAGGUUUUUUUUGUAUUGACUCAGAAUGGGGCUUGUGUUUCCUCAUCUGUGUAAUAAUAAAAUCUUAACAGCA